AUAUUUGUGAUUUAAUAAGCUAGUUAAAGCUCUAUUCUCUUACGCAAGUUGUUCAUUAUCUCAUAAUGUCGACAUUUAAUUCAAUUAUCUUAUAUUUGUCACUCUCUCACUGUCUCACUUCAGUUACUAUCUUCGUUUUGCCUUUUUAUGUCGUCAUUUUCAUCCUUUACUUUUCUUAACAUCUUAACAUAAAUACACAUCGAAGAAAACUUCCAUUUCUUGUCCACUCUAGCAAUCUCUAUCUCUUAUAUCUUUUUCUUCUCUGACUCUCUCUCUAUCUUUCUAAACAUGAAGAUAAUGACACUCUUUGGUUGUAUUCUUCUUCUUGUUCUUCCUCUUCUAGUUUCUGGGGAUUCAACUUGCAAUGGAACUAGUUUAGACAAUACUCGUGAUAAAGCCAAAGCUUUACAAUUCAAAUUAGUAGCAAUAACUUCAAUUCUCAUAGCAAGCGCUUUAGGCGUUUGUAUCCCAAUCUUGGGCAAGAAAAUACCAACUCUACGUCCUGAAAAUGAUAUCUUUUUCAUGAUCAAAGCUUUCGCAGCCGGAGUGAUUCUAGCAACUGGUUUCAUCCACAUUCUGCCUGAUGCAUUCGAUAGCCUGACCAGUCCUUGCCUCGAGAAAAAUCCGUGGGGUAAUUUCCCCUUUGCAGGCUUCGUGGCCAUGGUUUCAGCAAUGGGGACGAUGAUGGUGGACACUUUCGCAACAAAUUAUUACGAAAGAGCUCAUUUUAACAAGGCGCUUCCAGUGAAGGAGGACGCUCAUGUUCAUGAAGUGGCCCAUGAGGGCCAUGUUCACGUUCACACCCAUGCUACUCAUGGCCAUGCCCAUGGUUCCGCCUUUGUCUCCGACGACUUAUCCACCGCUGAUCUUGUUCGACACCGGGUAAUAUCUCAGGUUUUGGAGCUUGGGAUUGUGGUUCAUUCAAUAAUUAUAGGUAUAUCAUUAGGUGCCUCAUAUAGUCCCAAUACAAUUAAACCUCUUGUGGCAGCUCUAACUUUCCAUCAAUUUUUCGAAGGCAUGGGUCUUGGUGGCUGUAUUUCUCAGGCCAAAUUCAAAUCAAAGGCCAUUGCAACGAUGGUACUCUUCUUCUCACUAACCACACCAACUGGAAUCGGAAUCGGAAUGGGCAUAUCAAGUGUGUAUAAUGAAAAUGGGCCAACUGCUCUAAUGGUUGAAGGCAUUUUCAACUCUGCUUCAGCUGGGAUCUUAAUUUAUAUGGCACUCGUUGACCUUUUAGCUGCUGAUUUUACAAGCCCACGAAUGAAAUGCAAUAUUAGGCUACAGCUUGGGGCCCAUCUUUCACUACUUCUGGGCUCAGGUUGCAUGUCUUUAUUGGCCAAAUGGGCCUAAAUUAGUACUCAUUAAUGCUGCUGACUUUAUUAUCUCUUUACCUUCUUCCUUGGGUCUCCAUGUUGAUGUUUUCUUUGUCUAUUUCUUUUGGUUCAAUCCCUAUUGACUUCUCUUACUUCUCUUUUUUAUUCCUUUCUUUUAAUUACAAGUGUAAUUUGUCUUUUUGAUAAUAACAUCAACCAUUAACUUGAGGGAACAGUGGUUUU